AUGGCUGCUAUCGCUCAAAACCAAGACCCUUCCUCUCAACUGACCACUGCGGCCGGGUCUCCGGCCUCGAGCGUACUGAAAGUUGAUAUGCAGCGCGAUGCCGAAAAGAAUGAAGACGAGGCUGUUGCCGUUGAUCCCUCCGAGAACAAAUUCAACUCCUCAGAGAAACAAGCGGACUCAGAAAAAGCCGCAGAGGAACCUCCCGUCCCGCAGACCUUCGGCCCAAUGCACCCCUCACAAUUCCCGGAUGGAGGAACGCAAGCUUGGCUGGUCGUCUUCGGCGGCUUCAUCGGCCUCGUCGUCAGCUUUGGCUGGAUCAACUGCGUCGGUGUCUUCCAGGAGUAUUACCAGAGUAACCAGCUGAGAGAGUAUUCCUCUCAAGAGGUCGCGUGGAUUCCGAGUUUGGAAGCAUUUAUGAUGUUUUUCGGCGGGCUUUGGAUAGGGCGAAUAUAUGACAACUAUGGGCCGACAUAUAUCCUCGUCGCCGGAGGCUUCUUCCACGUCUUCGGGCUGAUGAUGACAUCGCUCUCGACGAAGUACUACCAGUUCAUUCUGGCGCAGGGGGUCUGCUCACCAUUCGGCUGCUCCAUGAUCUUCUAUCCCUGCAUGUCGGCGACGUCGACGUGGUUCUUCAAGCGUCGAGCGCUGGCCCUCGGCCUCGUCGCCAGCGGUUCUUCCAUCGGCGGUGUCGUCCUCCCCAUCAUGGUCCAGAGAUUGAUCCCCCGCAUCGGCUUCGCGUGGACAAUGCGCGCCUGUGCAUUCAUCAUCCUUGGACUGACCUUGAUCACCAUCUUCACCGUCAAGAGCCGCUUCCCACCUGUCGCUAAGCCCGUAAAGGUGCAGGACUUUCUCGAUCCGUGGAAAGAGGCCUCGUUUGCCUUGCUCUCGCUGGGAAGCUUCCUGACUUUCUUGGGCGUCUUCAUACCCUUCACAUUCGUCAUCGUCGCGGCGCGCGGGCGCGGCGUCCCCGAAGACCUGGCCAAGUACCUGGUACCGAUACUGAACGCGAGCUCGACGUUCGGACGGACGAUCCCGAACUACUACGCGGACAAAGUCGGGCGGUUCACGGUGUUCGUGGCGUCGUGCUUCAUCACGACCAUCUUCGUGCUGGCGAUCUGGCUGCCCGCCUCCGGCAGCGGCGCUAUCGUGACCUUCACCGUCGUCUUCGGCUUCAGCUCCGGCGCCGUCUUCAGUCUCCUGCCCGCCUGUCUGGCGCAGAUCAGCGACAUCCAGAAGAUCGGUGUGCGCAACGGCGUCCUCUUCAGCGUCAAUGCCGUCGCCGUCCUGAUUGGGAGUCCCAUCGCUGGCCAGCUCAUCAUCGGCGAUCAUGGCCGCUUCCGCACAAUGCAAGGCUUCAGCGGCGCCAUGCUGGCCGCUGGCUUCAUGGUGUAUCUCGCCCUGUGGAUCAGACUCGGCGGCUUGAAGAAAGGUGUCAAAAUCUAA